UAUUGUUUUUAGCAGACUGAUUGUGCCUGAUAUAUUGUUAAGUAAAUAUGAAUCAAAACGACUAUUCGGUGACGUGCUCUGUAAUAAUAGAAUGGACAGACUCGCACGGUUCGAUACGAAAGAAGUUAAAUCAUCGAACGGCAACUUUACGCUUAAUCCGGAAUAAUUUGCGUGAAAUGUUCGUCGAAGUACGAACAGACAAAGCGAAUCUAGUAACGAAACUCUCGUUGAAAUCCAUUAACGUUUUUAAUAAAUAUAUGACCGAUGGAAAAGCUUCUAUAAAACUUAAAGAUGAAAACUGUACGUUAUUCCUAUCGAAUGCGCCGGUUUCUCAAUUAAUGAAAUUUUUAAAAACAAUAUACAUAAAAUUUUCGAAUGAACCGGGACAAACGGUGAAAAACCCACUCACAGAGAGACUACUUUCUAAUAAAUCGUUGGGUGGCCUACAAGAAAUUAGUCCUGUAACAAGUGCUGAAACAAAUAAAGCCAAAGAGAAGGCUAUUAGUGUGUCACGUGCAACAGUUACAACCCCAUCUCCUAGUGCUUUGAAGAAGAGAAAACGCACAGAUGAAAAUGGUUUAAGACCUACCACAGCAAAGAAACUGUACGAAAAUCCAACUACCAUACAAAUUACAGAAGAACAAACCAAAAUUCUAGAUGCAGUGCUUAGUGGUAAAAACAUAUUUUUUACCGGUAGUGCUGGUACUGGUAAAUCAUAUUUACUCAGAAAAAUAAUAUCAGCUCUUCCUCCUGAUGUUACAAUGGCUACAGCAAGUACCGGAGUAGCAGCGUGUCAUAUAGGUGGAAUUACUUUACAUCAGUUCGCAGGCAUUGGACUGGGUAAUGGAACUGUAGAAAAAUGUUUCAAAAUGGCUGUUCGUAAUUCUGCAAAUUUAUGGAGAAGAACAAAACAUUUAAUAAUCGACGAAAUUUCUAUGGUCAAAUCAGAUUAUUUUGACAAGAUUGAAGCUAUUGCUAGGCAAAUCCGUAGAAACGAGAGGCCUUUUGGUGGAAUGCAACUGAUCUUAUGCGGAGACUUUUUUCAAUUACCACCUGUCUCUUCUAGAGAUGAAAAAGCAAAGUUCUGUUUUCAAAGCACAGCAUGGGAGAAGUGUGUACAUUUUAAUUUUGAACUACAAACAGUUCAUAGACAGAAGGACCCUGAGUUUAUCAAAAUUCUGAACAAUAUUAGAAUAGGUAGAAUUACAGAUAAUAUUGCAGAGACUCUUAAAGCAACGGCUAAACAAAAAAUUGAAAAGAAUGGAAUUGUAGCAACAAGGCUGUGUUCUCAUGUGAAUGAAGCUGAAGAAAUUAACGAGUUUCAAUUAAAUGAAUUGAAAGGUGAAUCUAAAGUAUAUGUGGCUUAUGAUUCUGAUCAGUCCGUGACUUCAGUAUUGAAUCAACAGUUAACUGUUCCUGGCAAACUUGUAUUGAAAGUUGGUGCUCAAGUAAUGCUGUUAAAAAAUAUAAACGUUGCUGGAGGUCUAGUAAAUGGAGCAAGAGGUGUAGUUAUCAAGUUUGCAGACAAUAUGCCAGUAGUUCAAUUUAAAUCAGGUAUUCAAUAUCAUACAAAAUUAGAGAAAUGGAACUUGAAAACAAAUAUAGGUAACGUUGUUCAUAGGAAACAAAUUCCGCUUAAAUUAGCAUGGGCUUUUUCUAUUCAUAAAAGUCAGGGUUUAACAUUGGAUUGUGUAGAAAUGUGUUUAUCCAGAGUCUUUGAUGCCGGCCAAUCGUACGUAGCAUUAUCGCGAGCACAAAGUUUGCAAUCUUUGCGAGUUCUAGAUUUUAAGAAUGAACAGAUAUGGGCCCAUUCGGAUGUACUUACAUUCUAUAAGAAAUUUAGAAGAAAUUUACAUGAAAUAGAAAUGAUUCCAUUAAAGAAGAAACAAAAAUUAUAA